AUGAAGCUCUCUACCACCUUUGGACUAUUAUUCAUUGCUUUAUUGUUUGUUGAUACAAUAUGGUGUAAGAAAAAGAAGCAUUCCAAGAGGUUUAAUCCAAAUGAAGGCUUUGGAAAUCCCCUUGGAAAUUCUCGAGUUCUCUUGGCAAGAAGUUCUGCUUUCGAAGCUGGAGGUGGUAUCGGAAAUGAACUCUUUGCUGUGAUGUCAACUCUCGGAGUUGCUAGAAAACUGCGCAGACGCCCAGUAUUUGCACUUCGUGCUCCAUAUUUCAAUGGAGUCUCCGAAUCAUCACUUUGGACAAUCGCCAGCUAUUUUCCUCAAUUAGUUCCUGCUCACAUGAUUGACAAUCAAAAUAUUUACAAUAACAAAACUUUCUGGAAAGAGGGUAACGAUGAUCUUGGAAUCAGUCCAUGCUGUAAAUAUGUGGAACCAACAAAAGCUUUGAGGGAUAACAAGAAGAAGGUGGCUCGAUUCAAUGGAGGAUAUUUACAAAGCUACAAAUACUUCUAUCCUUAUCGAAGAGAACUCAAUCAGAAACUUUUGACAAAUGCUCCUGCUUUCACAAAGAUGUCCGAAGCACUUGUUCCAAAAUCAGUUUUGCAGCCAGGACAACAAAGAAUUUGUAUUCACACCAAACGUGGCAGUUUUCUCGGAAACUACCAUCAAGCAACCACCAAAAAAUUCCUUGACCGCACAGUGGAACACUUCAGAAAUCCCAAAGCACAAAUCAUCCUGUUUGGUGACGAUGUGCAUUGGUUGAAGGAUCAAUUGCCCGCUCUCCGCAGGAAAUUCCAGAGAAUUACCAUUGCUGACAAAGAAGGCAUCCCAGACGUUGCUACUUGGUUCUUCUUCAGAAAACAUUGUCACAAAGUUGUCCUAUCAGCUUCAUCGUCAACUUCCGGGUGGUGGGCUGCUUACUUCGCUCAAAUGCAACGUCCAGGAGUUCAGGUCUUCUACAACAAAAAGUUCGCCAAGUCUCAAGACUAUCUUAACCAAAAAGAAGACAAGGACUAUUUCUUGCCUGGAUGGAAACCACUUGACUUUGAGAAUGGAGAUGAU